AUGGACAAUAAAAAUUAUGAUAAUACUUUGGAAGAACUCAAGUCACUGAAAGAAACAUUAAAUGCUAGAAGAAAACGAUUUAAGAAAUACGAGCAAAACUCGUCAAGCAAACCUGCAGAAAGAAAGUUGCAAACCACACUUGCACCACACUCUGAUAAAGAGAUUUCGCUCUUAACCCCGAAUCAAUCAAGAGAAUCAAAAGAGCCAGAUCUUUCGAGUUAUGAAAAACUUUUAUUAGAAUAUCUCACACAAGGGUUUCGUAUCCCUUUGAGUUUGCCAAUAGAUUCUUACGAAAUUUUAAAAAG